CAGAGGCCGACCUUGCUGCUGUGAGCAACCUCAUCUCAGGAACAAACUGAAAGAGCAUCUCUACUGGGGUCCAUCAGAACAGACACCAUGGCCGAGUACGACUAUGGAGACCCCGGGUUCUUCAACGCUUCCAAUGACAGCAGCCAGGGGCACGAACACUUCCUGCAGUUCAGCAAGUUCUUCCUGCCCUGCAUGUAUGUGGUGGUGUUCAUCUGUGGCCUGGUGGGGAACUCCCUGGUGCUGGUCAUAUACAUCUUCUACCAGAAGCUGAAGAGCCUGACGGACGUGUUCCUAAUGAACCUGCCCUUGGCUGACCUGGUGUUCGUCUGUACUCUGCCCUUCUGGGCCUAUGCAGGCAUCCAUGAGUGGGUCUUUGGCAACGUCAUGUGCAAAACCCUGCUGGGCAUCUACACUUUGAACUUCUACACGUCCAUGCUCAUCCUCACCUGCAUCACCAUGGACCGCUUCAUUGCAGUGGUUCAGGCCACCAAGGCCUAUAACCAGCAGGCCAAGCGGAUGGCCUGGGGUAAGGUCAUCUGCUUGUCCAUCUGGGUAGUUUCCCUGCUGGUUUCCUUGCCACAGAUCAUCUAUGGCAACGUCCUUUACCUUGACAAGCCUGUCUGCGGCUAUCACAACGAGGAGAUUUCCACCAUGGUUCUGGCCACCCAGAUGACACUGGGGUUCUUCCUGCCACUGCUUGCCAUGAUUGUCUGCUACUCAGUCAUAAUCAAGACCCUGCUUCAGGCCCGAGGCUUCCAGAAGCACAAGUCUCUGAAGAUCAUCUUCCUGGUGGUGGCGGUGUUCCUGCUGACCCAGACGCCCUUCAACCUCGUGAAGCUCAUCGGCAGCAUGAGCUGGGAGUACCACACCAUGACCAGCUUUCACUAUGCCAUCACAGUGACAGAGGCCAUCGCCUACCUGCGUGCCUGCCUUAAUCCUGUGCUCUAUGCCUUUGUUGGCCUGAAGUUUCGGAAGAACUUCUGGAAACUUGUGAAAGACGCUGGCUGCCUCCCUUACCUGGGUGUCUCAAGCCAAUGGAAGUGUUCAGAGGACACUUCCAGGACUGCUUCAGCCUCUCGCAACAUGGAGGCGACCAGCAUGUUCCAGCUGUAG